AUGGAUGAUAUCCUGAAAGUACGCCGAGCAUUGGACUGUUUUCUUGAUUCUCGUAUCAGCGAGGCCGAGGAAAUCCUUGCACCGCAGAGCAAGACAAGCAUGUACUAUUCGCUUGGGUAUGGCUUUAUCUUAUUUUUGAAGUGCGCCAUGACGUUUGAGCAAGCCGAUGUGGAAAAAACCAUGCAGGCCCUGAAGCAUACCAUCCAAUUAGCCAAUGCGCAGCGGAAACGGGGUGGCGGAUGGCUGGAUAACAUUACAAACUGGAUGAAAGGAAACCAAAUUCAGCACUUGAAGGCGAUGUCUCGGGUGCAUCGGCAUGCUGAACUUGUGUAUGCCGAAGCUUAUUUAUUAAAGGCACUGCUCAGCAUCGUAUACGACGAAAGCAUCGUAGCUUUCCUUCGAGAAGGCCUGAAUAUCCGCAACAGCUACAACACGUAUCGACAUCUCGAGAAAUACGUCGAGUUUGUGCGAGAAGAAGCCGCAGCAGGAAAGGAUACCACGUGUUACCAACUAGACGAUCAUUUCACGUCAGGCGUGGCUUUGGGCUUUGGGUGCUUCAACAUUGUCUUGUCGCUUCUGCCGACGACUGUCGUCAAAGUGGCCGAAUUCAUGGGCUUCUCCAGCGACCGCAACUACGGUCUGGAGGUCCUGGAAUCCAUUGGGGACUGGCACGACUACCAUGGCCCACAACGCCGCUCGACGCUACCAGAACUGCAAGGACCUGACGAAGGCUUGCGACGUCAGCUCUGCGAUAUGGUGCUGCUCAUGUAUCACAUUGUACUUUCGAAAAUGAUACCGCUGCCCAACGUGGACGAGGUGUUUGCCGAACAGAUCCUCGAUUACAACCUUACUCUGUAUCCUUCUGGCGUCUUCUUUCUGUACUUUUCGGGGCGACUGCUGGCCAGCCAAAGCCAAAUCGAAAAGGCCAAGGCACAGUACAUCAAGGCGAUCGACACACAGCAUGAUUGGAAGCAGUUGCAGCAUAUUUGCUAUUGGGAGCUGGGUGUCAUUAGCUUGAUCCAACAGGACUGGUCCCGAGCAUUCGAAAUCUAUGACAAACUCGGCAAGGAGAGCAAUUGGUCCAAGGCUGUGUACAUGUACCUCAAGGCUGUGGCCUUGUACAAGUUGGAUAGCAAGGAUAAGCGCGUACACGAAUUGAUGCAGGGCGUCACUGCUGCUAAGCAGAAGAUUGCUGGAAAAUCAAUUCCUAUGGAGAAAUUCGUUUCACGCAAAUCCCGGAAAUUCAUUGAGCAGAAGGACUACCUGAUCUUGCCAGACUUGGAAAUUUUGAACGCUUUUACGGCAUUCGACUUUAUGCCCGUUGAAACUCUCAAGGACAACUUUAAGCGCAUCAAUCAGGAGCUGGAGUCACUUGACGAUGACCACAACAAAAGCAAGGAACAUUCCCAUUACUACGACGAUCUUUGCACUGUCAACUACCUCCGUGCCCAAGUUGCGCGUAUGUUGCUCGAAAAGCAAGAGAACUGCGACGUAGAGAAACUGCGCGAGAUCCAUCGCACAUCGGUCAACACGGUGCUCGAGAACGGCAGCAAGAUCGAAUUGGACCAUUACAUCUACUAUUUCACUCGCUAUGAAAAGGCGCGGCUGCUGAUUGUGGACAACGACUAUGCUGGGGCGGAAGCCGAGAUCCAGGUUAUUUUGCGAGCAGCCGAAAAGGGACAGUACAACGUUGGCUCGGGACCGCAUGCUAAAAACAAGUACAGUCUGGAAAACGCCUUGGUUUUCAAGUGCCACAACUGUGAUGAAAAGAUCCAGUCGCUUAAAAAAGAAGCAGCAGCAUCCUCAUCUCCAGCAGCAGCAGUGGACGCCACUGACUAA